GAAGACCAAUCCCGUUCGCGGAAACUGGCGAUUUGAAAACGUUGGCGGCGAGGGAAGCUUUAAAGAAAGACUGGAUUCCCUGCGCUGUGGAGCUAAAAGCUGUAUAUCUAGCAAAAAUGCAGAAUAAGGAAAAUUAUGAGCCCAGGGCUCCCCAAAGACAGUUUGAAACCCCAAGUAUGCACGGUGGAGCGCAGCGUCUUGUGGUAAAGCCGAGAUCAGAUGCAAUGAAAACUUUGGUUUCAGGUCCUGGAAGAGAGUGUGUAAGCUCAUCUUCUGCUUCUCUGCCAAAGAAAAUCACCAUUGAAGACUUUGACAUUGGUCGGCCCCUCGGGAAGGGCAAGUUUGGCAAUGUCUACCUCGCACGGGUGAAGAAACUGCAAGCUAUUGUGGCGCUGAAAGUGUUGUUUAAGUCCCAGAUGGAAAAGGAAGGUGUGGAGCAUCAACUACGAAGAGAAAUCGAAAUUCAAGCACAUCUCAAACACCCAAACAUCCUGCGUUUCUACAACUAUUUCCACGAUCGCACCAGAGUUUUCCUGGUGCUUGAAUACGCUCCCCGUGGAGAAAUGUACAAAGAGCUGCAGAAGUAUGGACGCUUUGACGAUGAGCGGACAGCAACAUACAUGGAAGAAAUAGCCGAUGCUCUUAUGUAUUGCCAUGAGAAGAAAGUGAUUCACCGGGACAUCAAGCCAGAGAAUCUACUUCUCGGCUUUCGCGGAGAGCUUAAAAUAGCGGACUUUGGAUGGUCGGUCCAUGCCCCUUCUCUGAGACGUCGCACCAUGUGCGGGACAUUGGACUACCUUCCUCCUGAGAUGAUUGAGGGAAAUACUCACAGCGAGAAAGUGGACUUGUGGUGCAUCGGAGUCCUGUGCUAUGAGUGCUUAGUUGGUAACCCACCGUUUGAAACAGCCAGUCACACAGAAACCUACAAAAGGAUUAUGAAGGUGGAUCUGAGCUUUCCCAAAGUGGUCUCUGAAGGUGCACGGGACCUGAUCUCAAAGCUUCUCCGCCACAACCCCACCGACCGGCUGUCUCUUCAGAAAGUUAUUGACCACCCGUGGGUGCGGGCCAACUCUCACAGACUCCUUCCUCCCACCUGUCCCUGAACCGACUGCCUUGUGACUGUCCUGUUUAGUUGAUGUUUUGUAGUUU